AUGAGAAAUCCAAAUAAAGUAAUUAAAAUUUCUUAUGCGCAAGGAGGAAAUUUAGAGGAGGAACUUAACAAAUUCCUAACAGCGUAUCAUACAACACCUCAUGGGACUACUGGAAAAGCCCCAGAUGAGAUGUUAUUCAAGAGAUGUCUUCGCACAAAGAUACCUGAAUUGGUUCCUUUUGAUAAAUGUGAUGAAGAAGUAUGUGAUAGGGAUGCAGUUUCAAACAGAAAGGAAAGGAAUAUGCGGAUGACAAGAAGAAUGCAAAAUAUCCUGACCUAAAAGUUAAUGAUAAGGUUUUACUACAGCAGCGUAAAGCAUGUAAGACAACAACUAUGUAUGAACAUGAUCCUUCAGGUGACGAUCAAAUCAGGUGA